AUGUCUGGAUUCUCUUUCUAUCCAGAAGAACUGCCCGGGAGUGAGGAGCAGCACAAGAUGUCACUGAUAAGAUCCAUAGUCACCAUUUCUGAGAGCCCUGAGCAGGAAAUAUCCCCUACAAGUCCUGGCAUAGUGGAAGUACAGCAGCAACACCCUCCAGAGGAGAACAGAUCUGCUCACAGUGGGGGAGGCGUGAGAAAACGCAAAGGCACCAUUGUACGCCGCCGAAUGUUCAUGGGAGAGAGGCCAAACAUCUGUAUUGAGUGCGGUAAAAGUUUUCUUCAGAGCUCAGACCUUAUUAAUCACCGGAGAAUCCACACAGGGGAGAAGCCCUAUCAGUGCCUCGACUGUGGAAAGAGUUUCAGCGUGAGCUCAAAUCUUAUCAGGCAUCAGAGAACCCACACAGGGGAGAAAGUUUAUAACUGUUCUGACUGUGGGAAAAACUUCCUGGACAAGUCAACCCUGACCCAGCACCAGCAUGUCCACGCAGGAGAGAAACCCUAUACAUGCAUCGACUGUGGGAAAACCUUCAGCCGGAGCACCCAUCACAGGAGACACCUCAACAGCCCUCCUGGGAUUAGGCAGACUAAAUGCACCUACCAGGAAAGCCCCACUGUUGGGAAGGUCAAAGAAACCAAAGGGUCCAGGAGGAGAAGCACAGCCUUUGAGAUCCCCAACACGUGCGCGGAGUGCUGGCAGAGCUUCAGCCAGAACUCAGACCUGGUCAAGCACAUGCGCAUCCACACGGGUGAGAAACCCUAUGAGUGUCCUGACUGUGGAAAAAGGUUUAAUGUGAGCUCGAACCUGAUCAGGCACCAGCGGAUUCACACAGGAGAGAAGCCGUACACAUGCUCUGACUGUGGGAAAAGCUUCACUGACAAAUCCACCCUGACACAGCAUCACCGCAUCCACACAGGGGAGAAACCCUAUAUAUGCACUUACUGCGGGAAGAGCUUCAGUCACAGCUCUCACCACAAGAGACACGAGAAAAUCCACAAAGGCGUGAACCCGGUGUCCUUCCUGCCUUUGUGGCCCUACUCUACUCAAGCAUUCUAA